AUGAUUGCUUCUGUCUAUUAUAGGGUUGCUUCGUUAGAUCCAAUCCAGCAUAAAUUGUCAGAAGCGUACAAAUCGUCUGCUGCGUUUGCUUGUGAAUCUACAUCAGCUAUUAAAACAGUUGCCAGUCUCACAAGAGAACCGAAGGUAUAUGAACAUUAUUGUGCAUCAUUGGUACAACCCGGUAGGCAGAUGGCUUUGUCGUCUAUGAUAUCUGCUUUGUUGUUUUCUGCAUCGCAAGCUGUAACAUAUUUGGUGAAUGGGUUGGGCUUUUGUUAUGUUGCUACUUUAGUGCGUAAAGGUGAAUAUAGUCUGGUCGACUAUUUUACUUGUUAUAUUGGUGUCGUUUAUGGUGUUCAGCAAGCUGGACAAUUCUUGGGCUAUGCCGCUGACGUUUCGAAGGCCAAAUUGAGCGCCGGCUUAAUUAAGUAUCUGUGUGAUAGAAGACCAAAAAUCGAUACGUGA